GCGCCAGGCUCUGCGACGUGUUGCUCUGUGUGGCUCCCAGGCCCGAAUGCGGCUGGGCCGGGGUCGGCGCUCGCUCUCCGUCCGGCGACGGGGCCUCAUGUGAGGAAGCUGGAGGCGGGCCGAGGUGGGAAGAUGACCUCGAGGAGAUGGUUUCACCCCAACAUCACCGGAGUGGAGGCAGAGAACUUGCUCCUGACGCGGGGAGUCGAUGGCAGUUUCCUGGCCCGGCCUAGCAAAAGCAACCCAGGAGACUUCACUCUUUCUGUGCGGCGGAAUGGAGCCGUCACCCACAUCAAGAUCCAGAAUACUGGCGACUACUAUGACCUCUAUGGAGGGGAGAAGUUUGCCACCUUGGCAGAGCUGGUCCAGUACUACAUGGAGCAUCAUGGGCAGCUGAAAGAGAAAAACGGGGAUGUGAUCGAGCUCAAGUAUCCGCUCAACUGCGCCGACCCCACGUCGGAAAGGUGGUUCCAUGGGCACCUUUCUGGGAAGGAAGCAGAGAAGCUGCUAACGGAAAAAGGGAAACACGGGAGCUUUCUCGUCCGUGAGAGUCAGAGCCAUCCUGGAGACUUUGUCCUUUCUGUCCGGACGGGGGACGAUAAAGGAGAGAGCAACGAUGGGAAGUCAAAAGUGACGCAUGUCAUGAUCCGGUGCCAGGAUCUGAAGUACGAUGUCGGAGGCGGGGAGAAGUUUGAUUCCUUGACGGACCUCGUCGAGCAUUACAAGAAGAACCCCAUGGUGGAAACGCUGGGGACAGUCCUUCAGCUGAAGCAGCCCCUCAAUACCACCCGCAUCAACGCAGCAGAAAUUGAGAGCCGAGUUCGAGAACUGAGCAAGCUCGCCGAGACCACUGACAAAGUCAAGCAGGGAUUCUGGGAAGAAUUUGAGACUCUGCAGCAGCAAGAAUGCAAACUCCUGUACAGUCGCAAAGAGGGGCAGCGGCAAGAGAACAAGAACAAGAACAGAUACAAGAACAUUUUGCCCUUUGACCACACCCGAGUCGUCCUCCACGACGGCGAUCCGAAUGAGCCUGUUUCGGACUACAUAAAUGCCAAUAUUAUCAUGCCGGAGUUUGAAACCAAAAGCAACAACGCGAAAGCCAAGAAGAGCUACAUCGCCACCCAAGGCUGCCUGCAGAACACGGUGAACGACUUCUGGAGGAUGGUGUUCCAGGAGAACUCUCGUGUGAUCGUCAUGACCACCAAAGAAGUGGAGAGAGGAAAGAGCAAGUGUGUGAAAUACUGGCCGGAUGAGCACGCAUUAAAGGAAUACGGUGUUAUGCGCGUCAGGAACGUCAAAGAGAGCGCAGCUCAUGAUUACACGUUACGAGAACUCAAACUUUCAAAGGUUGGGCAAGGCAACACCGAGCGAACAGUUUGGCAGUACCACUUCCGGACCUGGCCUGACCACGGAGUGCCCAGUGACCCCGGCGGAGUCCUGGAUUUCCUUGAGGAGGUUCACCACAAGCAAGAGAGCAUUGCAGAUUCUGGCCCAGUCGUGGUCCAUUGCAGUGCUGGGAUUGGCCGAACCGGGACGUUCAUUGUGAUAGACAUUCUCAUCGACGUCAUCCGGGAGAAAGGCGUGGACUGUGACAUUGAUGUUCCGAAGACCAUUCAGAUGGUGAGGUCCCAGAGGUCUGGCAUGGUACAGACCGAGGCACAGUACCGGUUUAUUUACAUGGCAGUCCAGCACUACAUCGAAACGCUACAGCGCAGGAUCGAGGAAGAGCAGAAGAGCAAGAGGAAAGGGCACGAGUAUACCAACAUCAAGUAUUCUUUAGCGGACCAGGCGAGCGGAGACCAGAGCCCCCUCCCGCCCUGUACUCCUACUCCAACCUGUCCCGAGCUGCGAGAAGAUAACGCCAUGCGAGUGUAUGAAAACGUCGGCCUGAUGCAGCAGCAGAAGAGCUUCAGAUGAUGAGACCGUGCGAGGAGAGGUCCUGGCGGGGAAGAACUGAAAUUGCCACUUUUUAAGAAAAGAUGAGGCAAGGCGUCUCGGGAAAAAACAACACGACGUCCUGCAAGGAGUGGACUUCGACCGCUACAUAGAGCCUUUUUUUUUUUAAUUUAUGGUAUUUUAACCCUUCAAGAAGGAGCAGACCUUCCAAGAAAAUUCUGAUGCCUUUUCUCAAACGUCUGAUUUCUACAAUUGCUGACGUCUCGUUUCCAGUUUUGAACACAAAAGGGGUGGAUCUCUCAGACCCAUUUCUGCCAACGGUGGCGCUUUCCUCCCAGGUUCUCUUAUAAGGUCCUCUUUCUUAGGGAUGGGGGGGGGAGGGAGGGAGUGGCGCUGUCAGCACGACAAGUUUGCAGGAUCCGCUCCGAAGUUCUCUUUGUCUCUGAUGCAGACCAAUAUACUCUGUUGUACUUGAAAGGUUUUUAUUUCCCUUCCUGCAUUUAGACAUUUUAAAGACGUUUCAAAUUA